AAUGGAUGGUAAUGAGAAAACGGCAGAUAAUACUAGGAAAAGUAUUGUUAGAAUAAAUGAACAAGAAAUUAACGUUAAAGAAGAAUCUAUAAAUGGCGAAGAAAAGGAAGAUGAGGAAAAUGAAAUUGAAGAUGAUUUCAAGGGAAUUGACCCUUACCAAAGAGCUAUGGAGUAUCUAUCCAAGAAUGACAUCUUUGAAUUAUUUCAAAGUUUAACUGCUGGAUUGGUGCUGAGUCGACCUCAAAAGUCUAUACAAUAUAUGAUAAAUGAAAUAGACAAAAUAAGACAAGCUAAGGAGGCAAAAAAUGGAUCCUUAGUGCCAGACCAAAUGGAUCCCUACAAAGAUCCUCCUGAACAUAAAGCGACAAUACAGGAAAUGUUCACGUCAAUAAACGUUGAUAAUAAAUGA